AUCGACAGUCACAACCGUCAGCCGUGUUUCUAAUUCUGAUUUUUAUCUUGUAAAAUUUUACCACACAAAAUAUGGAAAUCAAUUAUGGCGAAGAUGAGCUACAAGAAAUUAUAAAAUUAAAUGGACAGACCGUAUCCAAUGCGUUAGCAAUGUUGAAAAAUAAUGCAACCGAAACCGAAAUAUCUGACUACAUAAGCAACUAUACCGGCCAGCCGACCAAUCUUGUCGCACGGGAAGUCACGGAAAUAUUGCGAUUCGCCGUUAAUAAUGGAUUUUUGGUGAAAAACGGGAAUACUUAUAAAUUACCCAGCCAAAACUGUAUUUAUAAUGUGGAUUGUGACGCAUCUGGUAGUGGUGUUGACGAAGGUGGCAAAACCGGUGCGGGACCUGACAUAGGUGGUAACGAAUCUGACAGUAGCAGUAACUCCGGGGCGGAGAAUGUCUCUGUUGAAGUCACAACAGAAGAAGGCAGUGAAGCUGCAUGUGUAGACGGUGUUGAAGAAGAAGAAGGAAUUUUGCCUGAGACUCUAAAGGAACUGAUGAAUUGGUUCGAUAUCUCAGAAUUUGACAGUGCUAUUGAUCUCCCGAUUGAUUAGUAUUAGUUUCUGUGUCGAACAAAAUUAGUCUGGUGAUUGUCUAGUGGUAAAUCAAAAGAUAUUGACGAUUAGCGUGGUACCGACGACUAUACAAAAUGAAGAACUCAAAUUUAACAAGUAAAGUUUGAUCGAUUUGUUUCGGUAGACGUUGUCUGGACACCAAAACCAACCAAAAAACAACUAACCAGCGGCAAAUAUAUGCAAC